AUGAAGUUUACUACCAACCCACGCCGCAAAGCAACAGCAAACAAGCCCAGCUUGGCAGCAUUUCCACUCGAGAUCUUAGUGGAGAUCGCCGGAUACGUCGCCCGAGACUGCAUCGUCUUGCCCGAGACCCAGUCGGACCUCCAGUAUACCACCAACAGAGGGGAGUCCCAAUCAUACUGGCCCUGGCUCCCCUGA